UUUUUUUGAUUUUUGUUUAAAAGCAUAUAUUUACAUUAUUUCGAAAAGCCUUUCUUCUUUCUUCCUUUCUUUUCUCUCUUUCUCUCUCUUUCUUUCUUUAAGGUGAAAAAAUAAAAAUGUUUGCUUCACCUAGUAUCUCUCCCCUCUCUCCUCCUACCCCUCCUCUUUGGGGUGAUGAUUCCUUUGCUUAUCUUUCUACCUCUUCGUCUGUUUCAUCCUCUAUGUCUCGUAGCAGUCCUAGUUUCUCAACAACUACUCGCUCGACCUCAAUUCGUGAAAGCAUUCAGGUCAUGGUUAGAUGUAGACCUAGAUCAGAAAAGGAACAAUUAGAAUCCAAUGGCAAAUCUUGUUGGUUAAUAAGAUCUGAUCAAGGAUUAAUCGAAUUAGAGGUGCCAAAAUCAUCUUCAUCUAAGAAUCGAUUGUUUUAUUUUGACAAUGUAAUAAUAGGAGAUGAUAAUGCUCAGGUUUACAAAUCAGGUAUUCAAGACCUUGUAAGAUCUACCAUGAUGGGUUACAAUGGUACUGUCUUUGCUUAUGGUCAAACCGCGAGUGGCAAGACUUAUUUCCCUUUGUUUUAUUUGUAGACCAUGAUGAGUACAAAGAAUCAACCGGGAAUUAUCCCUCGUGCAAUUGAAGAAGUAUUUAUGUACAUUAAUGAAGAUUCAAAUGAAAAAGAGUAUCU